GCCUCCACCCUUUCCACCCCGCCGCCGCAGCCACCGCGCCGCUACCCCUCGCCGCCGCCGCAAAUGGCCGCCGCCGCGCGUCCCCUGGUCUCCGUCAAGGCCCUGGAGGGCGACAUGGCCACGGACUCAGCCGGCACCGCGCUGCCGGACGUCCUCCGCGCGCCGAUCCGCCCCGACAUCGUCCGCUUCGUCCACAAGCUUCAGUCCUGCAACAGCCGCCAGCCCUACGCGGUGUCUCGACGCGCCGGCCACCAGACCUCCGCGGAGUCCUGGGGGACGGGGCGUGCGGUGUCCCGUAUCCCCCGUGUUCCCGGCGGCGGUACCCACCGCGCCGGCCAGGGAGCCUUCGGCAACAUGUGCCGUGGCGGACGCAUGUUCGCGCCCACCAAGAUCUGGCGCCGCUGGCAUCGUCGCGUCAACGUUCACCUCCGCCGCGUCGCCGUCGCCUCCGCCCUCGCCGCCACCGCCGUCCCAUCCCUCGUACUUGCCCGCGGCCACCGCGUGGAGUCCGUCCCCGAGCUCCCGCUCGUGGUCUCCGACUCCGCCGAGUCCAUCGAGAAGACAGCCCAGGCCAUCAAGAUCCUCAAGCAGCUCGGUGCCUACGCUGAUGCUGAGAAGGCCAAGGACUCCGUUGGCAUCCGCCCCGGCAAGGGGAAGAUGCGCAACCGUCGCUACAUCAACCGCAAGGGACCCCUCAUUGUCUACGGCACCGAGGGCUCCAAGAUCGUCAAGGCUUUCCGCAACCUCCCUGGUGUUGAUGUUGCCAAUGUCGAGCGCCUCAACCUGCUUGACCUCGCCCCUGGUGGCCACCUUGGCCGGUUCGUGAUCUGGACCGAGAGCGCGUUCAAGAAGUUGGAUGAGGUGUACGGUACCUUCGAGACGCCUUCGGCCAAGAAGAAGGGCUUCGUGCUCCCUAGGCCUAAGAUGGCCAACGCUGACCUGUCCAGGCUCAUCAACUCUGAUGAGGUGCAGUCGGUCGUGAAGCCCAUCAACAAGUUGGUGAAGCGCAGGGAGGCUAGGAAGAACCCGCUGAAGAACAUGGCCGCUGUGCUCAAGCUGAACCCAUACUUGGGUACUGCGCGCAAGAUGGCAGCUCUUGCCGAGGCAGCGCGUGUCAAGGCCAGGAAGGAGAAGCUUGACUCCAAGAGGACCAAGCUCAGCCCAGAGGAAGCUUCUAAGGUCAAGGCUGCUGGAAAGGCGUGGUACAAAACCAUGAUCUCAGACAGCGACUACACAGAGUUUGAGAACUUCACCAAGUGGCUUGGUGUUACACAGUGAUCUUCUGGUUCAAGCCUUCGUAGUUUAUCACUGCCCCAGUCAGAAAUUAUGAUUUUGGUUUCUAUUAUCUUAUGUCACUUGUUAUUGGGAUCAUCAGACAUGGUAUCUCGUUUUGGUUAUGGCUUUGGUAGUUGUUUGCUGCUGCACCUUCACUUCCAGACACCUAUUAUGAGAACAAAGUAUAUGCGAAUUUCAACAAACAAUUUGUGCCUUCGUUUGUUUGUUACUAUCGAUUGUGGUAUGCUUUCUUGGUUGUA